AUGUUGUUGCCCAUGAAACGCCUCGAUGAAUUUGAAUUCUGCUUUCUCCAAGAGUAUAAGGAUGACAAGGCGCUGCCGCCUCAAGCCCACGAAGAAGAGGGUGUACCGCUUCAUGAUCAUUGCAGGCAUCAUUUCCCAGGAGGUCCUCCUCCUCCCUAUGUGAAGCCUCAUAUGGACAACGAAAUCUUGUUUAUUACCUGCCAAGCUGGUUCAAAAUCAUUUAUCUAUAAAACCACUCUCACGGAUCUGAGUCCAAAGAUAAAAACAACCCCUCCUCUCAAACCACAUUACAUUGUACAUGGAGAUCGGUAUGGAGAUGAUGAUGGUGAGAGGCACUUUUUUCGCAGUGGCUCGAAACUAUAUGUUGUCUCAUCAUUCCAAAAAGAUGGCAUACAUGAGCUUAAUCUAGACACCAGAUUUCAGAAUUUCGAUCACCUUGCACGGUGGCUGGUUUCUGCUUCCUAUGUUGAUCCUUUUGUUAUGGUUAUCCAAGUUGGCUCAGCAACUCUUGCUCUUACUGAAACUCUCCAAGUUUACCGGAGGACCCACCUUGUUCAUCCUAUUGGGUCCACCUCAUGGGUGCGCUGCCGCACAGAUCAGUCUCAGGUUCUUGACAGGAAGGUCAAGUUGUCGCGAUAUGUGGCAGUGGGUGAUGAUUCUUUUAUAGUCUGUGAUACUGUCACAUGUUCCUGUCUUAAGUUUGACCUUCGUGCCAAGCAGUGGCAUGUUGUCAUGCCUUGGGCUCCAUGGGGGAAAUACCUGCAAAUGGAUAUGCAUAGAAACGGCCUUCUAAAUGGCAGAUGUGUAUUUAUUGACGGUUUUAUCUACACAUGCACUCGAAAUGGGCUUGCUGCUUAUGAACUACUCCGUGAAGAUCAUUGUGUGUACCUCGGCAUCUCAAUCUUUUUGCCAUUCUCAUGGGAGACUCAAAAUGAUUGGGAGGUUGAAAGAAUGUGUUUGGAUUAUGCUGGCAAAGACGUCAACUCGGGCGCCAUCUUGUUUUGGGUGGUUCAAGGUUUGCAGAUUAGAUAUAGACCCCCCAAGAAUCAGCUAUAUAUCACCGCUGUCAAGUUCGAGAUUAAGAAAACGCACGACAAGAGCAUGGAACCGGUGCGAAUUAACCGUGUGGUCUGUGCCAAGCGUAGCAUUCAUCAAGAGGAAGCAAUUGAGCAAGAGAGAAUAAUCACUACCAAAUGCUUUGCGUUCUCAUUCUGA